GCGUGUGUGCUACUUUCGCUUCGUUUAGCAGAGAAAGAAAUCACUGUAAGGAGCUCGGACGGAAACCGUACUAGUUUCUGUCUACUGAUAAUUUUGCGCAAAUCAAUUCAUCGACCAGUUAUAUGUUCCAGAGUCCAAACGACAGCCCUUGAUCAGCUGCUUAACAGGUGGGUGUGUUCAGGGUCAGGGCAAGAACAUAUGACACACAACACAGCACUUGAAAGGAUUACAAAUCCUGGGCAGCACAUGAGCAUUCAGAAGAACAUACCCAAAAUGGACCAGAAGGACAUCCGAUGCCAGGGUGACGUGAGUCCACAAGACCCACCAAAUAGUGACUGUACUGUCAUCUUAGAUAAACUUCCUGGAAGUAACUCAGAGAGUAAGUCCUACUUGCACCUGGAAAGCUCGACCUUAGAUGAGAGUUGCUUGAGGAAAAGGAAAAGGAUUCUUUUGUCUUGUCAUAAACAAAUCUUGGCAAAGGUCAGGGAGCAAAGAUUGGUGUCAAAGAAUCUUUGUCAGAUGUUCAGUCAGAGGUCUCCAACUCCCAUACCUAAUGAUGAGCAAUUCCAAAAUGGUACAGAUUCCAGUCAUCUAAUUGUUUCGGUGAGACCAAUAUCACAAACUGCCGCUGGAAGCAUGAAGUUGUCCUAUACUAUAAAAGAUGGUUUCCUGUCAACAUCUCUUCAGGAGGCUGGACAAAGUAUUGGGAUCCUUGAAGAUGGCACAAGCAUUCCUGCUGGAACAAAUCUUCAGGAUGCAGGGCCUGAAUGUCUUCAACAGAUGAAGAUAGCAGAAUACCCUAAAGAUGACACAAGCAUUCCUGCUGGAACAAAUCUUCAGGAGGCAGGGCCUGAAUGUCUUGAACAGAUGAAGAUAACAGCAUACCCUAAAGAUGACACAAGCAUUUCUGCUGGAACAAAUCUUCAGGAGGCAGGGCCUGAAUGUCUUGAACAGAUGAAGAUAACAGAGUACCCUAAAGAUGACACAAGCAUUCCUGCUGGAACAAAUCUUCAGGAGUCAGGGCCUUUUUGUCUUGACCAGAUAAGGAUACCAGAAAUCUUUGAAGAUGACCCAUGCAUUCCUGUUGGAACAAUUCUUCAGGACGUAUGGGCUGAACAUCUUGGACAGAUAGGGAUUCCAGUGUGUUUUCAUGGUAACCAAAAGGUAAUGGUUCCUGCUGAAACCGUUCUUCAGUUGGCAGGUGUUGAAUGUCUUGAACAAUUUAACAAACCAGACAGUUUUCAGGAUGACCCCAAUGGUCUUGGAAGAACAGUUGGUGAAAUCCAGAACUGCAGUUCAAGUCUGGAGAAUCUGGAGUGGGUCAGAUCUCUUGGAUCUGAACACAACAUAACUGUGUUGUAUGCAAGUCCCAGUGUGGACAAUGGCAUCAAUAAUAGACAUUACAAUGAAGUAAUUGAGGAACAGUAUCAGCAGCCAGUGAAGAAGAGAAAGGUGAAGAAGUGACUGCUGCCAUUUAGCCCAUUGAAAUAGAAUGGGAUAAUUACACCUGACUUCCACCCUACAGCAGAGUCAAGGUAGGCAGGGAAUUCCCAGGACGGAUUAGGAUGUGGAUGGAAAACCAAGGAAUAGAUCUCAAAAUUGUUGAUGGUUUCUGAGAGUGAUGUUUGUGUCUAUUGCCCUGUGUUUGUUUCAGCAUGUCCACCCCACAUGGGCACAAUGUGUGAAGCCCAUUCUGGUGUCUCCCGCCAUGAUAUUGCUGGAAUAUUGCUAAAAGCGGCGUAAAACCAUACUCACUCACUCAGCAUGUCCAUCUCUACAGCCAUGGAGGAAUGUGUGGGGAAAGCAACAUCCAUGAAAUGUGUAACACAGGGAGAAGAUCUCAGGAGGUGUUGAGGCAGUGGAUACCCUUGAGGACUCCAAACAAUGUCCCCCCAGAGAUGUCAGUUAAAGAAGAGGAAGAUCUCAAGUGAGGAAGGUGGUAGAGAGCUUCUGUACAUGGAAAUAAACUUGGUCAUGGUCAUCAGCUUAUAUGAAAGAAAACUUUGAAGAUCUCCAGUGACCUACCUGUGUGAGGAAAACUUUGAAGAUCUGCAUUAACAUGUGAUUAUGGAACAAGAAAGUCAAAGAUC